GCGGGUUCAGGCCCGCGAGGGGUGACGAGCCCUCCCCUCCUGGGCCCCAGCUCCGUGCAGCCCGCCUGCCUGCCGCGCCUGGGGGGCGCGCGCGCGCGCGGCGGGGGUGCCGCUCCCGGAGCCAUGAGCGCCAGCGCCGAGGCGCCGGCGGAGGCGCACGGCGAGGACAGCCUGCUGUCCCUGGCGCGCGAGUUCGAGCAGCACUUGGGCCGGCUGUCCAGGGGCUCCGCGGGGGAGCAGGGCCGCGGUGACGGACUGCGGGCGCGCAACGAGCAGCUGCGCGAGCGCGCCGGGCUGGCGCCGGCGUCUCCCGCCAAGGACGUGGAGGCUGGUGCCGGCGUCGCGCCGAGCUCUCCGCCGACCCGUGCCGAGGGGGCGGCUGCUGCGCCGCGCCGCCCCGCCGUCGAGGCGGCCGCCCCGACCCCGAGCCGGCCGGGCGGCGCGCUGCGCGAGCCCCUGCUGGGGCACGGCGCGCGGCAGGCGUCCCCGUCCGCCGCCUCCGGCGCGGACAGCACUGCCUCGGCGGGCAACAGGCUGCCGAGCGUCACCAGGCUGCCGAGCCAGGUGCUCCACGGCAAGGUGUCGCGCAGCCGCCUGCAGG